UGCCAAAAAUUCUUUUCUUUAUUUCAUCGACACAGCUAUUGAUAGUUAUAUUCAUAUCUUCAUUUCGCACUACAGCCAUCAUAUCGGAUGCACAAUCAACUGACGAGCAAUUGUUCGCUCAAACGAUAUGAAUACACUGCAAAGCGAACAAAUAGAACAUCCUAUGCACUGCAUGGUAUCGCAAAUCAAUUCCUGUACAUCAGUCCUGAUCGUUCCAUCUUCCUCAAUUUGGAUCUAGAAGAAUCGAAUCUAGAAAAGAUCGGAUCUGAAGAAAAAAAAAAUAAACAUUAGAAUAUGAACCGCAUACCUAUAAACGAGCUCCGUAAGAUGUCGAGCGCAUCCUCAAACGGCGGUUAUUCAUUUUCUCUUGCAAACAGUGUGAGUUCGAUCCUCUUAAAGCGAGAACCCUCUGCGUCACUCUCGAGUGGGAAUGGAGGCCUCCCACGGUGUGUGCACAGUUUAUUUGCUUGUUGUGAAUGUGUUAAGUGGUAGGGAUCUGAAGGGGGGGAGGGGGAGGAAGCCGUUGAGGAAAUACUAAACAAUAGGAUCAAGCAACUUACAUCAGAAAGGGAGGAGAUGAAGAGAUCAGACCUGAACUGAGAACCGUUUUAUAGCAGCGCAAAUUUUUU